ACACAUUUAUUUAUAUUCAUCUUCCAGAAAUAUAAAAUGCCAAUGGAGGUCACUGAUGAAGAAUUGUUUGAAGGGUUCAUAGCAGAUCUGGAAGAACGUUCUAAGCCAAGUAAGAAUGAUAUAAGAUACGAAAGAUAUGUUAAGUAUAUCAAUUGCUUCAUUAGUAAGUUCGGAAGAGAAAGAGUGUAUCUUGUAGGAAGUACGAGUGAGCGAUCAAAACUUGCUUUUUCAAAAGACAAUGGCGAUGCUGACUUCUUAAUGGUUUCUGGAAAGCUAGAGAUUCCGGCUGAAAACUUGGUAUCAAAUCGUGAAGCCCCAUGCUUUGUUUGGAUUCGUGAAGACUCAUGUAGCAGAGAUAUUGGCCUCGAAGUUGUUGGGGAUGAAUAUAUCUCUGCUAACACUCUGCGAGAAGUACGACCAGAGUUAUUUACCAUCUUAAGAGCGAUUUAUUUGCAUGUCACUGCUGCUGUGAACAAAUUACCAGAAACAGAUGAGGACAUGACUAUUCUAUCUGUUUCCUCAAAGGUUGGCAUACAAACAACAACAUAUAGGUCAUUAAAGUUUGAAGAAAAAAUUGAAGAUUUAAAAGAGUUUUUUCUAAGUAACGAAAAUAAUGAAAGAGCAAAUGAAAAAGAAAAACUGCUUAAAGAUAGAUGGAAACAAGUAACAGUUAGUGAAUGUGAGAAAAAGAUUUAUAGACGGUUGUAUGAAGCAUCGAAACUUGCCAUACCUUCUGACAGAAAGAAAAAUAACGGAGGAAUAGCUUUCUUUGUGCAACUCGUUGAAGAAUACUUAGCCAGACAAAGUGGUGCAUUACCCAAAACACCUUCCGAUGAAAUGAACAAUUUUCAGACAAAUCAUGACAAUGACACUGAUCAGAAUAGCUCGAAAAUGGUAGAUAUAGCUUGUAAUAAGGACAAAUUAUUUAAAGCAACAUACACAGAAAAAUGUCACAAAGAUUUUGUUCCAGCUUUGGUUAUUACAGGAGAGUUGGAGGAUAUGAGACUAUGGAAAAAACGAGUUCUUUACAAUGGAUGGGACGAGAACAAGGUGAAUGAUAUUUGUGAUACAGAAAUAUUUGUCGUAUCAAGGGUCUGUCCAAAAAGUCCAAAUGCUGAAAAAGAUUUUUGCUUGUCGUUUAACCUGGCCGAGCGAAAGUUAAUGAUGGCAAUGUCAACUGUGGAAAAAAGAGUGUUUUUGAUACUAAAGGCAUUUUUAAAAGGUGUUUUUGUCAACAGGCAUAAAGAACAAGACAAAGAACUGAAGCUUACAACUUAUCACAUCAAAACACUUUUGUUUUGGCUCUAUGAACAAAACAAAGGGGAAGAUACGUGGUCUGUUCAGAAGCUUACAGACAUCGCUUUGGCUGUUCUUCUGGAAAAAUUACAAGUGAAGGAGCUCUCGCACUAUUUUAUACCUAGCAGUAACCUUUUUCUUGAUUUUGAGACUUCAGAUUUUCAGUUAUUGAUAUAUUGUGUACAGGAAGCUUGGAAUUCUUUAUAAAGUUAAGAUACGUUAACAGGGGAGAUUACGUUCACGAAGGAGGAUAUGGAUUGCUUUUGGGGCAUGUCCGCCGAUGGAGGAAGAAGUGAACAGAGAAACAAACUAGAAGAGGCAAUGAUCGACUUUCAGAGAGGCAUUUAUGAUAAAAGAAUUGAAAAUGGUGAUUCUCCAUUACAGCAGGCGAUUUCAGAAACCUUUGAGUUGUGCCUCAGAGACGAUGGAUGCAUAGAUGUUUCGCAGUUUGAAGCGAUACAUCUAUUGAUAACAAAAGGUGAUGGUGAUAUUAUUAAAUUUAAAAUGGAUGAAAAGACAAAAAUGGAUGGCAAGGAAAAGGUUUCACUAAGAAAGAAGACUGGCAUGAUUUGCAUGUGGUUUAGUCUGAAAUUUAUAUAGAUUUUAGCUCGACUGGGGUUAUUACUCCCUACGAUUUCUAUUGUCCUUUACUUUGGUACUUUUAACACAAAGAUAAAACAGUUGGUAGAUAAAUUUGGAGGACCGCCAGGGGUAAUGGAUAUUCUACGUGGAGCAUUUUGUGGAA